AUGCAAUUACUUGUUUGUCUUUUUUUGUUUCUUUGUCUUGACAAUCAUACUCAUGCAACUCGCCGACCACACAUUUUUCUUUCUUUCUUUCUUUCUUUCUUUCUUUCUUUCUUUCUUUCUUUCUUGCAACAUUCAUGCCCCUCACCUGCCUCAACUUUUCUUUCUUUCUCUCUUGCUCUUUCUUUCUCUCUUGCUCUUUCUUUCUUUCUUAUGCAUGCCCUUCACCUGUCUCAAGUUUUCUUUCUUUCUUUCUUUCUUUCUUUCUUUCUUUCUUUCUUUCUUUCUUUCUUUCUUUCUUAUUCAUGUCCCUCACUUGUCUCAAAUAUUUCUUCUUUCUUUCUUUUGAUCGUUCGUUCGUUCGUUCGUUCGUUCUUUCUUUCUUUCUUUCUUUCUUUCUUUCUUUCUUAUUCAUGUCCCUCACUUGUCUCAAAUAUUUCUUCUUUCUUUCUUUUGAUCGUUCGUUCGUUCGUUCGUUCUUUCUUUCUUUCUUUCUUUCUUUCUUUCUUACUCAUGUCCCACAUCUGUCUCAAAUUUUCUUUCUUUCUUUCUUUCUUUUUUUUCUUUUCUUAUUCAUGUCCCUCACUUGUCUCAAAUAUUCUUUCUUUCUUUCUUUUGAUCGUUCGUUCGUUCGAUCGUUCUUUCUUUCUUUCUUUCUUUCUUUCUUUCUUUCUUUCUUUCUUUCUUUCUUACUCGUGUCCCACAUCUGUCUCAAAUUUUCUUUCUUUCUUUCUUUCUUUCUUAUUCAUGUCCCUCACUUGUCUCAAAUAUUCUUUCUUUCUUUCUUUUGAUCGUUCGUUCGUUCGAUCGUUCUUUCAUUCUUUCUUUCUUUCUUACUCGUGUCCCACAUCUGUCUCAAAUUUUCUUUCUUUCUUUCUUUCUUUCUUUCUUUCUUUCUUAUUCAUGUCCCUCACUUGUCUCAAAUAUUCUUUCUUUCUUUCUUUUGAUCGUUCGUUCGUUCGAUCGUUCUUUCUUUCUUUCUUUCUUUCUUUCUUUCUUUCUUACUCGUGUCCCACAUCUGUCUCAAAUUUUCUUUCUUUCUUUCUUUCUUUCUUAUUCAUGUCCCUCACUUGUCUCAAAUAUUCUUUCUUUCUUUCUUUUGAUCGUUCGUUCGUUCGAUCGUUCUUUCUUUCUUUCUUUCUUUCUUUCUUUCUUACUCGUGUCCCACAUCUGUCUCAAAUUUUCUUUCUUUCUUUCUUUCUUUCUUUCUUUCUUUCUUUCUUAUUCAUGUCCCUCACCUAUCUCAAAUAUUCUUUCUUUCUUUCUUUCUUUCUUUCUUUCGUUCGUUCGUUCGUUCUUUUUUUCUUUCUUAUUCAUGUCCCUCACUUGUCUCAAAUAUUCCUUCUUUCUUUCUUUUGA